CGAUGACAAGAGGUCUCCAGAAUAUUUCGACGAUGCCGCUGAAGAUCUGGACCGAGAGGAGCUCAACGGCAGCAUCUCACAAGAGGACGACAUCAGGGGAAGCAGUCCGUCGAUGCGGUUCAGUAAAGCCUGCCUGAAGAACGUCUUCACGGUGGUGCUCAUCUUCAUCUACCUGCUGCUGACGGCGGUGGCAAUCUUCCUCGCCUACCAGACCAUCAACGAGUUUCUGGAGAAAUACAGAAACCCUGUGAUGUCGGUCACCUACAAGGAGGUGGAAUCCUUUUCACCACCAGGUUUGGAUCGCUCUGUACCGGGCAAAGCUCAGCUGUUGAGCUGCAGGCAUCACUUCCACGACUAUCCCCCCCUAGUGGACCCAGGCAAGCCUCAGGAAGGAGACUGUGUGAAAGAUGUGACUUACUUUGGACCCUUUUCCAAUCUAACACAGAAAAGAGCGCUGGUCGUCCGCGGCCCGUCUGACGUCAGGAAGAAGGAGCUGAUCUUCAUGCAGUUCAGUCACAAUGAAACCGAGGAGGACUUCAGCGCCAUCACCUACAUGCUCUUUGCAAAGUUCAGCGACUUGAAUGACAGCGCGAAUGAAUCCGUGUUCAUGAAGGACUGCGAGAAGAAUUACUCCAUGUGGACUUUCUCCGGAGGGUUCAGAACCUGGGUCAAAAUGUCUUUAGUGAAGACGGCGGGGAAGAGCGAGGAGGCCGUCGAGUUUCGACAAGAGUCGGCUGUGGUGAAAUUCAACGACAAGCGGCCGGAGGAGGAGCAAACCAAUCAGCUGUUCUUUGUCGUCUUUGAAUGGCGGGAUCCUUAUGUGCAAGAAAUCAAACUGAUCGUUACUGCUAACCCCUGGAGCUCCGUGGCCAUCCUCUGCGGCGUCUUCAUGGCGCUCUUCAAGGCCGCUAACUUUGCCAAGCUGUCCGUCCAGUGGAUCAUCAGAAUGCGCAAGAGGCAUCUGAGGAACAAGGCGCGAGAAAUGAACCCCAUCACUGACAGCUGAAGAGCUGAGCGGGGGCGUGUCCUAACUGACUUUUGAGGGAGUGGCCUAAAGUGUGACGAGCACACAAACAAACACUAUUAAAUAUGAAUUAUUAACCCUUUCCUACCUCACCCAAUCAUAUCUACUUU